CUGUCAGCUGUCAACUAAAACACGGUGAGGGCUAGUACCGUAACGGCUAGCUAGUUAGGCUGCGCAUUGCGCAAUGCGCAUCACACUAAUCGAUCAAUAACAUUAACUUUGAGGUUGCUGCUUACAGCCACUGUGUAUUGAAGGUCGCAGCAACUUGUUGAAAUUCGGUAAAGAUAGUAUUAUCAGUUUUGCCGAUUUAAAAAACUAUGUAGGUAUCUACAGAGUGUGUACAUGUAUACGAUGUAGUUCGUUAUUUUUAUUUCGAAAUGUCUGCUUUUGAAGAUUUAUCUGCUUCGCAAAGGCUACGUGCAGCGUUAAAGCGGGACGUAACAGCCAUCUGUUUGGAAUCAACUGUCGGAUUGGAAAUCACCAAACCAGCAAUGGACUUAAUACUAGAACUGAUUUAUAAGAAGCUGUCUGUCUACGCCUCUGAUUUAGAAGUCUUCGCAAGGCAUGCUAGACGCUGCAAAAUCCAAGGGGAAGAUGUCAAGCUACUGGUGAGACGAAACAAAUCUUUACGAUCUCAACUUGAAUCGAGGUCCCCAACAGCGGCUCUCAAGCGCAAGUCAUCGCUCGCCGAAGAUAUAUUCGAAGACGCAUCCUCCAACUUUGACGAGCCCGCAAUGAAAGACAAAAUGCGCAAGGAAGAGCCGCCAAUGGAAGACGCAAUUGACAUGACCGUUGAAAAUGUCGUCGAUUUGACCGCCGAUUAAAUCGAUUCAAACGAAUUCCAUUCUACAUUGGAAAUUAUUGUAGUUUGAGCGCUAGUUUCGCACUGUCAACAACAUUGGUCGCGAAAAUUAAUGUUUUAUCUAUCAUUAAUAUAUUUACGUAGUUGACCUGUGGUGACGUACAAUUUGAAAGUAAUUCUACUUGGAUAAAAGCGAAAAAUUUAAAAUGUGUUUGUCUUUUCUUGUAAGCAAUUUUACGACGCUUGGUCUGUGGUCGCGACCACAGAUUACUUAUUGAUUAAUGUGUUGUAAGGAGCUAAAUGUUUAGUGUAAAGUUUUAUCUGCAAUAUUAUUUAAAUAAUAAUUUUGUAGAAAACAUCUACAGUAAUAUUUUUUUUGUAAUAACGCACAGAUAUGUACAUAUUUUUUUAAAUACAUAGUUAACCUUUUUAUGUAAAUUUUAUCGUUAAAAUUUGCUUUAAUUUACCACAUAAUCUUUUCGUAUAAAAAUAUGAUAUUACGAUGAAAAAGUGCCAAAUUCUUCGCUUAGAAGCUUGAAUAUAAAAAUUGAUUUUUUCUUUUUGAAAUUGUACUCUGCCAUUGAUCGAAAAAAUUAUUAAAAUACAAUAGAGGAACUUUUUAAUCAUUCCAAAUUUUCAAACUUUAUCCUUCAAUGUUAGAUCUUUAUCUCUAGCAACUCAUAGUGACAAUAUUUAUUGGGAUUAUUAAUACUCUAGAAUGAAUAAAUGAAAAUGUAUCAGGCUA